AUGGCCUCCAACAAUAGAUUGUUCGCUCAAGACCCCAAGUUCUGGAGCAACUACCUCAAAGGCCGCCCCCGGGCGCCAGACUCCUUCUUCGAUCGCAUUUUCGCCUACCACGCCGCUCAAGGCGGCCGCUUCAGCACCGCCCACGACAUCGGCGCCGGCAACGGGCCCUACGCCCAGAAGCUCCGUGCGAAAUUCUCCCAUGUCAUCAUCUCGGAUAUCGUAGCUGCGAACGUCGAGCUUGCCCAAGGCCGUCUCGGCAUUGACGGGUACAGCUACCGCGCCGCCAAGGUGGAAGAGGUGGACGAUAUACCUGAGGGAAGCGUAGACAUGGUGUUCGCCACCAAUGUGAUGCACUUCCCCGAUCAAGAGGCAGCAAUGGGGGCUGUUGCCAAGCAGUUACGUUCCGGGGGGACUUUUGCCUGUGGUGCGUUUGGGCCAGCGAGAUUUCACAAUGAGAAGUUGCAGGAUUUGUGGGAGCGUAUUAGCCAUCAGGGGGGCCGUGUGCUACUGAAGAAGGCAGAACGGCCGGCGGAGACGGCGAGGAUCAUGGCGAGGACCCAGGAUAGUUACAACGUGGCGCCGCUUGAUUCGGGGCUGUUCUUGCCUGGGGCGAGGAGGGUGCACUUGAACAUGGGGAAGGGGGGCAUCAUUGGGAUUUUGCCGCCGGAGGAAGCGUACAGGAAUACGGAGCCGGAUUACACUGGACCGGAGGACGUGGAGGUCUUUGAGGAUGAGGAGGGGUGGGGCUUUGAAAUGGAUCUGGAUGGCGUUAAAGAGCACAUUGGGUCUUUUCCAUUUGUUGCGGAGAAUACUGCAGCCUUUACCGAGAUGUUUCGCGAAUUGGAGGACCUGCUCAGAGACGGGAAACUAGUUCGAGGCUAUUGGCCUGCAAAAGUCAUCUUGGCAACACGGCGUUGA